GUGACAGCUCUAUUUCUUAUUCGAUAUAUUGUAAAACCGGCAAUUGCAUUACAUUUUUGUUAGCGCGUUCAAAGGCGAAUUUAUAAGUGAAAUUUAUUAACUCCAAUUGUAGGAUAUAACGGAAGGAGAGCAUAAUGCCGGAGCUAUUCAGCGUGCAGCUGUCGGAUGUAAAGAAGGAGUUGCGUCGCGGUAUCAUUGAGUGCUCGAAGCGCGGUUUGUUGCACAGCACCAAAUGGCUGGCGGAGAUGCAUCACGGAUUAGGCGAUGUUCACAUCGACAAUGCGGCGCCAGAUGACGAUCGUUCGUUUAGCGAGUGCCAACUGGAGGGUAUUGCACCCGCCGAAUACAGUGAUUACUUUCUAGCCAAGAGCUAUUAUGAUGUGCGUGAAUACGAUAGAGCUGCACAUGCCGUAAGGAACUGUGAAUCGGAUGUGCCGCGUUUUCUGCAUCUCUAUUCUACGUACAUGGCACGGGAGAAGCGACGCCUUGACUCCACCACAGAUCAAGCGAAUCUCAAUGAGCCGAAUCAAAUGCGCGAUUUGACGGAUCUGCUGGCUACACUGCGAUCAGAAUACGGACGCAGUCGCUUAGAUGGCUAUGGCAUCUAUCUGUAUGGUGUGGUGCUCAAAGCCUUGAAUCUCAAUCAGGCUGCCGAGCAAAUGCUCUUGAAUGCCAUUAGUCUGGUGCCCAUGCUGUGGAGUGCUUAUCUGGAGCUAUCUCCGCUUAUAAUGGAAAAGAAGAAGCUGCUCAGCCUGCAAUUGGGCAAACACUGGAUGCGUCACUUCUUUAUGGCACACACCUAUCUGGAGUUAUAUCUAAACGAUGAUGGUCUUAAGAUAUUCGAGGAUCUGCAAACGGCGGGAUUCAGCAAGAGCAUCUACAUAACAGCCCAAAUGGCAUUGGUUUAUCACAACAAACGAGAUGUGGACAAAGCCAUUGAGCUGUUUCAGGCGUUACUUGAGAACGAUCCAUAUCGCCUGGAUAAUGUGGAUACUUAUUCCAAUUUGCUGUUUGUCAAGGAAAUGAAAACCGAAAUGGCCCAAUUGGCCCACAAGGCUGUUAGCAUUAACAAGUAUCGACCGGAGACCUGUUGUGUCAUUGGCAACUAUUACAGCAUACGUUGUGAUCAUCAGGUGGCAAUUUCGUAUUUCCAGCGGGCAUUGAAACUCAAUCCCAAAUAUUUGGCUGCAUGGACGCUGAUGGGACAUGAGUUUAUGGAGCUAAAAAACACAAAUGCGGCCAUACAAAGCUAUCGCAAAGCGGUGGAGGUCAACAAGCGAGACUAUCGUGCCUGGUAUGGCCUGGGACAGGCCUAUGAGAUUAUUAAAAUGCACUAUUACAGUUUGUAUUACUUUAAAAUUGCCCAUCAAUUGCGUCCGUACGAUUCGCGCAUGUUGGUGGCACUGGGUGAGACAUACGAGAAGCUGGAGAAGUGCGAGAAUGCGGUGAAAUGCUAUUGGAAGGCAUGUGAUGUUGGUGAUAUUGAAGGCAUUGCCAUGUACAAGCUGGCCACCUUGCAUGAGAAGCUGGGCGACCAUGAGACGGCCGUCCAUUGUUACAUGAUUUACUGUGAGGAUGAACGCGCUGCCACCGAUAAGCAGAGUCUCUAUCAAGGAUUCAUAACGCUGGCCAACUAUUAUGAGAAGAAGGGCGACUUCGAACGUGCUGCCUGUUAUGCCUACAAGUGUCUGGAUUCGGAUGAUCGCAAAAACGAAGCUAAGGCGUUGCUGAAGACAAUCGACUGGAAGCGCAACUCCGAGGGCCAAAAGAAAUCGAAGACUGCAACAACAACGGUGGCGAAUGCCGAAACCAGCUCCGAGGAUGAAAUGGAAUGGGAGCAAUUGGAUGUGCGUGUACGUGUGCCACUUACCACAAUAGCAGAUGGUGGCAAGACGACAACAGCGACAACCACAACGACUGCCACCUCAACAGCGACAACAAGUUCAUCGUCAUCCUCUGGCAACGCAUCUGGCUCGACAGGUUCACGACAACCUCGAUCAGUGGCCGAGAGAGUGCGUCGAACGCAGUCGGGUCAAAGGAGUCACACAGCUCCAGCGGCAAACAGCACGGCAACAACAAUAGCAGCGACGACGGCAGCAACAACAAUCAGUGUGGAUGCGCCUGCCACAAGCAGCACAUCAGAUGCAGCAGCUGUUGUGGCAGCAGUUACCGCUGCCUUGGAUGAAACAACAACCUCAGCGGCGGAAAUAACGCCAACAGGCUCCGAGCAGCAGGCAAACAACGAUGGCAGCUCCAUGGAGAUAUCUAGCGUAUCCAUCGACUAGGUAAAUGAGCAGAAAUUUUAAAAUUGAAAGCAUUACUCAUAUGUUAUUUGUAAAUUGUAUUGAAAAAUGAAUUCAUGAAUUAAGCUAAAGUGCAACUUAAACAGCAUUAAAUCUUUAACUUAAACAAAUCAUCGUGAUCCUCCAUUGGAAAACAGGUCCUAUACAUUUGUAUUUGUUAAAAACAAGGGUUGUGAGUUUUCAAAAAUCACACACGAAAAAAAAACAUGUGAAUGAAUGAGAAAAUCCUAAAUAAAAAACUAUAAUAAAUAAUUAAAUUUCAAUUUA